CCACAUUUGAGAUAAAAUCAAUUUGUAUUCUGUGGUUGGUUGGUUGCAAUAAAUAAAUUCGGCUAUUUACGUGAAUACAAUUCAAUUACUAUUAAUAAAAAUAAAAUAUAGUAUUAUUCCUAAUAAUACACAAACAAUGUGUUCCAAAUGCUUACCUAAUACCCUGACAUAGGCUUUAAAAUUACAAACAUGGUGUUUGAGUCCAUUCCCCGUACAGUUCGAAUAGUUUUGUUAGGAGAGCCAGGUGUUGGUAAAACUUCCCUAAUACUUUCAUUAGUGACCGAAGAAUUCGCUGAAAAUGUGCCGCCAAAGGCUGAAGAAAUUACUAUCCCUGCUGAUGUUACACCGGAACAAGUGCCGACUAACAUCGUCGAUGUUUGCUUAACUGAACAAAGUUUGGAACAAGUUGCUGAAGAAAUUGAAAAAGCUCAUGUAAUAUGUAUAGUAUUUUCUGUAGACAGGCAGGAAACAUUGAACAAAAUAGCUUCUUACUGGCUGCCAUUUGUCAGGGACAACUGUCCAGAUGAUUAUAGGAAGCCUGUAAUUCUUGUUGGAAACAAAAUAGAUUUAAUUGACUACUCUGUUGUUGAUAACAUAUGGGAUAUUGCUGAGGAGUAUCCAGAGGUGGACAGAUGUAUAGAAUGCUCUGCAAAAACACUUACAAAUGUAUCAGAAAUGUUUUAUAAUGCACAGAAGGCUGUGUUACAUCCUAUUCACCCCAUAUACUCCAUUGAGGAACAAGAGCUAACAGAAAGGUGCAAAAGAGCUUUGACCAGAAUAUUCAAAAUUUGUGACAUAGAUGGCGAUGGUUUAUUGGAUGAUUAUGAAAUAACUGUGUUUCAAAAGAAGUGUUUCGACACUCCAUUACAAUUGCAGGUUUUAGAUGAAGUAAAAUCUGUGAUUGCGCAAAAUAUUGCUGGUGGUAUAGAAAAUGAAUGCAUAACAAUGAAGGGCUUCAUAUUCUUGCAUUGCUUGUUUAUACAACGAGGACGGAAUGAGACAACGUGGACUGUACUGCGCAAGUUUGGAUAUGAUGAGAGUUUGGAAUUGACACACAAUUAUUUAUAUGCUAACAUUAAAGUACCUGUUGGAUGUACUUCAGAACUUUCAUAUAAAGGGCAACAGUUUUUGACACAGCUUUUUGAAAAGUAUGACAAGGAUAGAGAUGGAAUGUUGAAUCCUACUGAAUUGAAAAAUGUGUUCUCCUGUUGUCCUCGCAUUCCUUGGCAUAAUUUACGCUACACAGUACCGACUAGUGACAAGGGCUAUGUAACUCUUCAAGGGUGGAUGUGUCGGUGGACUCUCAUGACUUUACUGGACUUACAGAGCACAAGCGCUUAUUUAGCAUAUUUAGGGUACAAUUUUAUUGAAAACGAUACACAAAAAUCAGCGAUACACAUAACCAGAGACAAAAAAGUGGAUAUUGCUAAGAAACAGUCAAGCAGGAAUGUGUACCAGUGUCAUAUCAUUGGACCAAGAUCGUGUGGCAAAACCUCCAUAUGCCGGAGUUUCUUAGGCAUUGCACACAAGAAAUUAAAACCUCACACUCACGAGCGAGGCGACGGUAACACUACAGAGAGCAAUUACUGCAUCAAUACAGUGCUCGUGUAUGGACAGGAAAAAUACUUGGUUCUGAAGGAGAUACCCAUUACACGAGUCUCGGACCCUCUGCAGCCGCACGAGGUCAACUGCGACGUGGCGUGCCUCGUGUAUGACGUCACUGCCAGCAGGUCGUUUGAAUACAUAGCCAGGAUAUACAUUAAAUAUUUCGCCGAAAGUCACAUUCCUGUGUUAAUAGUUGGCACCAAAGGUGAUCAUUUGAUGACCAGACAGGAGUACAUUUUGCAGCCCGAAGUGUUUUGCAAUAAAUAUCAACUAUUAGCACCACAGAGCUUUAAUAUAAAGGAAAAUAAACAGGAAAUUUUCGUCAAGUUGGCAACGAUGGCGGCAUUUCCUCAAUUUCAAGCAGCAUGGAUUUUGUUCAGCAAACACAGACACCUGAAGCACUUCGCGAGUUUCGCGGGCGACAAGUCGUCGUGGUGGAAGGCCGGCAUCGGCGUCGCGGCCGCCACGCUCGCCGGCCUCGUGCUCCUCAAGCUACUCAACGUCAAGUCACGCUAGACGCGCGCCUGUAGUGCGAUCAUCGGGCUGAUUCGCUAACUCAGUGAUCAACACUAAACUUCAGAUCUACAGAACGCACUUUGACUUGGCUUAGACUUAAGUUUCAGUUA